GUCAUUUAACUUUGUUCACUUCAAUUUCAAGUUUUUCACCGAGUUGAUAUUAUUUCUUUUGUGCAGUAAAAGUUUUAGCAAUUAUGCAAAGUCCUAAGAUAAUGGUGGCACGCCCCAGAUUUGUUGAAAAGGCAACCCAGAUUGACGCAGAGAAGGGCAUCUCAUUCGAGAACAAAUUCUUCUCCUGGGACACGGCUGAAGAUGUACAGACUGUGGCGGACUUGAUCAAACGCCAGGAAACUGUGCAUUUCCUCAACUUGGGUGGCAAUAGACUGGGCGUGAAGGCGGCCAAGGCCAUUGGCAGAGCGCUGCGGUACCACCCGGAGCUGCGCAAAGCCCAGUGGCAGGAUCUUUUCGGUCCUGACCUUGCAAAGAAGAUACCAAACAUGCUGAUAUAUCUAGGCCUAGGUCUAAAAGACGCAGGUGCCAACCUGACUUAUCUCGAUCUCAGCAAUAAUGCCCUGGGACCGAAGGGCUUGGGCGGUCUGGUCCACAUGCUCAACUCACCCGUCUGCUACUCCUUGCAGGAGUUGCACCUGCGCAAAUGUAAACUCGGUCCCGAGGGAGCAAUCAUCUUAUCUAACUCCUUUAUCAAUCUGCAUGGCAAGGCCAAGGAGUUCAAGCUCAAGCACUUCGACGGCGGAGCCAAUAGAUUCAACAAUGUGGGCGCUAAGGCACUGGCCAAAGCAUUUAAAUUGCUGCAGACCCUCGAAGGGAUUUCAUUGGAGAAUAACUCGAUCUCGUUCCGUGGCGUGAAAGCCCUGGCUAAAUCCUUCACGAAGAACCCGAACCUUCGACGGUUAAACUUGAAUGACAACUGCCUAAGGAGCCAAGGUACCGCUGAAAUAGCCGAAAUCCUACCAUGCCUUGCCCAGCUCCGAGAACUCGAAAUGGGCAAUUGUCGUUUGUCCACUAUUGGCGCCCUCCUCAUUGCCAAAGCCUUGGACAAUUCAGUUGAUUUAGUGGAAAUAACCAACUUUUCCAGUAACCAAAUAUACGUCGCUGGCGGUCGGGCCUUGGUGGAUGCCAUGAAGAAGAAACCCAAUCUACGCAUUGUCAAUUUGGCUGACAACUGCUUUAAACCCGAACAGAUAAUCAAUUUCGUCUCUCAGGACAGAAAAUCCUCGAUUAUAACAUUCAAUUCUAAUGGCUCAAACCCGGUAGAUUCCUCCGAUAAAUCGGAUGACGAGAACCGCUCCGGCGAGGAUUCCGGGGAAGAAGAUUACGGUGUUACAGGAAGCCGUGAACUAUUGCAGCAGCUUAUCAUGGAAAGCCUGAAGUGGGCUAAUCUGUGCAUGGAAUCGGAUGAAGCUUUGGAAAUGACCAUCUCCAUGUUACAAAAUACGGUUCACUACGCCGAGAUAUCCAACCAAAAUGCCAGUGUGGUUAACUGCCUCCUCACGGAAAUGCAUCAGAGAAUAACCGGCGUGUCUCGUCAGAACAAGUACAACAUUGAGGCAGGACAGUAUGCAUUGCGCCAGGCCAUUUGCCGCCCGGAGUUUGCCAAUGACGACAUCAAGGAAAUAAUCAAGUGGUAUCUAAAGAAAAUUGAUCAGGAAAAGAAUUCCAAGAGCGUGGAAAAUGUCCCAUCCAUGGAGCUUUCAGACAAUGAUAUCACGGAGGAAAAUAUUGGUCCUAUGUGUUGCGAACGUUUGCAGCUGCUUAUCACAGGCACUUUGCUGUGUUCAAAAUUCGCCGAAAAUUCGAAGGAUGCUCUGGAAGCGGUCGUCUCGUUGUUAAAAACUCUUUUUAAAUACGCAGAGAUAACUAACCAACAGGCCAUUGUGGUCAACAUCUUCUUAAUGGAACUGAACCAGAAGGUGUCUGACGAGCCGUUAAAGACCAAGUACAACAUAAAGGCAGCCCAAUUGGCAUUGCGCGAGGUCAUUUCCCACCCAGGGUUUGUCAAUGACGGCAUUAAGAAUCAACUCGAGAAGUAUCUAAAAAACGUGGAUAAGAAAAACUAAAUGUUUUUUAUAUAGUCUAACUAAUUAGAAUUUGUAAUUUGCACGAACAGGCUACGAAAUUUAUAAUUUUGUAACCAAAAAA